CGCUCGCAGCCAAUGGCAGCUCAGGACCCAAACGCGCCGGCGUGUGUCCGGAGCGCGGAUUGGUUGUUCCAGUUUGCGCGGCGCGGCGCGGCAGGGGGGCGGUGCCGGGGCCGUGAGGGCGAGGCCGCCAUGCUGCGGGAGCUGCGGCAGCGCUGGCGCUCCUACAAGUACCGCUUCGUGCCCUGGCUCGCCCUCAACCUCCGCCGCCAGCGCAGGACUCUUCGAUAUGUUCCUGAAAGCUCUCAAGACAAAAUUAUUGCUGAUGAAGAUGUCUUUGAAACACUACUGAAAACAUUUAAAGCUCUGUUCAUAAAUGACUUCAGUAGACAAGCAGAUAUUCUGGCCUUACUUCCAGAAGCCAAGUGUCAAUAUCUGGAGUUACUUACUGUGGAGCAGAAGUGGUCAGAAGGAAAUUCUUAUAGCCAUCGGGGUCAGCAAGUGUUUAGUCCUGAGGAGGUUUUGUUUAACACACUUGGGUUCACUGUUAGCAGAGACCGGAGUUCGCUGGUGUCUGCUGGAACUGGAGUCUUUGUUACCAGAGGUUUUGUUCCAAAAGGGACAGUUGUGUCUAUGUAUCCUGGUACAGUAUACAGAAAGCAUGAGCCCAUCUUUUUCCAGUCCCUUGGCAAUCCCUUUAUUUUUAGGUGCAUUGAUGGUGUCCUUAUUGAUGGGAACGAUAAGGGACUGUCAAGAUCAGUGUACAGGUCUUGCAGCAGAAGAGAUCAGCUUGGCCCUUUUCAAAUGAGUGAUGAGAGCUGGCUUACAGCCACCCUGCAAAACCCACUGGCAGUGGGACAGUACGUCAACAACUGCUCACAUGAAAAAGCAGCAAACGUGUGUUAUCAAGAGUUUGAUGUGCCGGGACAUUUUCCAGUAGAACUGAAACAAUAUCUUCCAAACAUCGUCUACAGCCAUGACAUAGAGAGCCACUUGAGGUGUGUAGUUCUUGUCACUCUCAGAGACAUCAAGCAAGGAGAAGAACUUUUUUCAAAUUACUACACUGUUGUCAGCUGAAUUAAUAGAAUCAAAACUGAAGAAAUCUGUGUCAAUAAAAUAUGUAUGGUGCCUGUA